GAACUCAGGGCAAUGGCCAGCGAACCCCUCGAAGGCUUCCAUGAGGUGAACCUGGCUUCGCCCACCACCCCAGACCUGCACGGCGUCACUGAUCCACGUCCACCCAAGCAGAAUGCCCCGCCCACUACCCUCUACCGCACACACUCCCUCACCUCCAGUCCUUGCCCACCCAAUGCUCUCCGCGCAGACCAGCUGCCAACUCAGCCUGUCUACUCUACCCCUCGCCACCUGGACACUGAGGAACCCUACAAUGGCAGUGUUCCAGGAUUGGAGUCUGCAGCCUCAGGCUGUCACCAGGAGGCAGGGGCAGUUGAAGGAGGUGUCCCAAUCUGUGAGGAGGGAGAGGAUCCUCUGGGCCUGAGCACAGACAGCCUGUCGCGCCUUAGAAGCCCCUCAGUGAUGGAAGUAAGAGAGAAAGGGUAUGAGAGGUUGAAGGAGGAGCUUGCCAAAGCACAACGGGAGCUUAAAUUAAAAGACGAAGAAUGUGAAAGGCUAUCUAAAGUCAGGGACCAACUCGGGCAGGAACUGGAAGAGCUCACUGCUAGCCUAUUUGAGGAGGCCCACAAGAUGGUGCGUGAGGCUAACAUGAAGCAAUCUACUGCAGAGAAGCAGCUAAAGGAGGCCCUUGGCAAGAUUGAUGUCCUCCAGGCGGAAGUGGCGGCCCUGAAGACCUUGGUGCUCUCCACUUCACCCACCUCCCCCUGUAAGGAGCUGCCCUCGGGUCCCAAGGCUCCUUUCAAGAAGGGCCACGCUCGCAACAAGAGUACCAGCAGUGCCAUGCUGGGGAGCCAGCAGGAGCUCAGUGUCACUCAACCGAUUGUCCGCGAAUGCAAAGAGGUGGACACGCUCCUGUUCACGGAGUUUAAGGCGUGGAAGGAAGAGCCCACCCUGGACAGGAGCUGUCCCUUCCUAGAGCGGAUCUACAGAGAGGACAUCUAUCCAUGCCUCACUUUCUCCAAGAGUGAGCUGGGGUCAGCUAUCCUGGAAGCUGUGGAGAGGAACACGUUGAGUGUGGAGCCAGUGGGCUUUCAGCCCCUUCCUGUGGUGAAGGCAUCUGCUGUGGAAUGUGGGGGACCAAAAAAGUGUGCUCUCAGUGGCCAGACCAAAACCUGCAAGCACAGAAUCAAGUUCGGCGACUCCAGCAACUACUACUAUGUGUCUCCUUUCUGUCGGUAUCGGAUCACAUCUGUUUGCAACUUCUUCACCUACAUUCGCUACAUCCAUCAAGGCCUGGUCAAACAGCAAGAUGCAGAACAAAUGUUCUGGGAAGUCAUGCAGUUACGGAAGGAGAUGUCGUAUGCCAAGCUGGGAUACUACAAGGAUGAACUGUGACUGAGUACUCACCUUUCACUGGAUCCCACCAAGUGAAACACAGGAGAGUUCCUCGAUCUCCUUAAAGGUGUUUUAGAGGGACCGUCUCUUAGUUCACCAAUCAGCCAAUCCUCCAUCACAUCUCAUUCCAGAAGACGUGUGUCAUGUCCUCUGCUUGAUGUGUGUAAACUGUCCACCGUUUAUCCAUUCCUGCUCAUACUGAA